CACCCACACCCCUCCAGGAUUCCAGGUUGGAGCUGCCCUGGAGCGCGCCAGGGAUCCUCCAGCCUCUUGCUAGAGCGUGCCCCGCUGUGUGAGCAGGAGAAGAAACAUGAAGGUCAGCUGGCCAGGUGAGAACCACUGGCAGGUGGGUCCAGCUGUGGUGGAGAGUCCAGCUGUGGGGGCACCGCAGGUGGGAAGUCUCCCUGACGUGGUUCCAGAGGGCACGCUGCUCAAUAUGGUACUGAAAAGAAUGCACCGUCCCCGGUGCUGCUCUUACCAGCUGGUGUUCGAGCACAGGCGGCCCAGCUGCAUCCAGGGACUUCGCUGGACACCCCUCACCAACAGCGAGGAAUCCCUGGACUUCAGUGUGAGCCUGGAGCAGGCCACGACAGAGCGCGUGCUCAAGGCAGGGAAGCUCCUCCACCGUCACCUCCUGGCCACCUACCCUAGCCUCAUCCGAGACAGAAAAUACCAUCUCCGACUGUAUCGGCAGUGCUGCUCUGGCCGGGAGCUGGUGGAUGCGAUCUUGUCUCUGGGGCUUGGCAUCCAUUCACGGAGCCAAGCUGUGGGUGUCUGCCAGGUGUUGCUGGAUGAGGGUGCCCUUUGCCAUGUGAAACAUGACUGGACCUUCCAGGACCGAGAUGCCCAAUUCUAUAGGUUCCCUGGACCAGAGUCAGAACCUGCGGGGACUCAUGAUGUGGAAGAGGAGCUUGUCGAGGCAAUGGCUCUACUCUCGCAGCGAGGGCCUGAUGCCUUACUCACCGUGGCCCUCCGGAAGCCCCCAGGUCAGCGGACAGAUGAAGAGCUGGACCUCAUCUUCGAAGAGCUACUGCACAUCAAGGCAGUGGCCCACCUCUCCAACUCCGUGAAGCGGGAAUUAGCUGCCGUUCUGCUCUUUGAACCACACAGCAAGGCAGGGACUGUGUUGUUCAGCCAGGGGGACAAGGGCACCUCGUGGUACAUUAUCUGGAAGGGAUCUGUCAAUGUGGUGACCCACGGCAAGGGGCUGGUGACCACAUUGCACGAGGGAGAUGACUUUGGACAGCUGGCUCUGGUGAAUGACGCACCUCGGGCAGCCACCAUCAUCCUCCGAGAAAAUAACUGUCAUUUUCUGCGUGUGGAUAAGCAGGACUUCAACCGCAUCAUCAAGGAUGUGGAAGCGAAAACCAUGAGGCUGGAAGAGCAUGGGAAAGUGGUGCUGGUUCUGGAGAGGAGCUCUCAGAGCACCGGCCCUUCCCGCCCCCCGACCCCAGGCAGAAAUCGGUAUACAGUAAUGUCUGGCACCCCAGAGAAGAUCCUAGAACUCCUGCUGGAAGCUAUGCGGCCAGAUUCCAGUGCUCAUGACCCAACAGAGACAUUCCUCAGUGACUUCCUGCUGACCCACAGUGUCUUCAUGCCCAGCACCCAGCUCUUCACGGCUCUCUUGCAUCACUUCCACGUGGAGCCAGCAGAGCCUGCUGGAGGUGGUGAACAGGAACGAAGCACCUACGUCUGCAACAAGAGGCAGCAGAUUCUGCGGCUAGUCAGCCGGUGGGUGGCCCUGUACGGCCCCAUGCUCCACUCAGACCCCGUGGCCACCAGCUUCCUCCAGAGACUCUCAGACCUGGUGAGCAGGGAUGCCCGACUUAGCAACUUGCUGAGGGAGCAGUGGCCAGAGAGGAGGCGGCAUCACAGGUUGGAGAAUGGCUGUGGGAAUGCGUCUCCUCAAAUCAAGGCCCGGAAUGCACCUGUUUGGCUCCCUGGCCAGGAGGAACCCCUCCCAAGCAGCACUGGUGGUGCCAUUCGAGUUGGGGACAAAGUCCCCUACGACAUCUGCAGACCUGACCACUCGGUGCUGACUCUGCAGCUGCCUGUGACGGCCUCCGUGAGAGAGGUGAUGGCGGCUCUGGCCCGUGAGGACCAUUGGACCAAGGGGCAGGUUCUGGUAAAGGUCAAUUCCGCAGGCGAUGUCGUUGGCCUGCAGCCAGAUGCCCGCGGUGUGGCCACAUCCCUGGGGCUCAACGAGCGGCUCUUUGUUGUCGACCCACAGGAAGUUCAUGAGCUGACCCCACACCCCGAGCAGCUGGGGCCCACUCUGGGUUCUUCCGAGAUGCUGGACCUAGUGAGCGCCAAGGACCUGGCAGGGCAGCUGACAGAGCUUGACUGGAGCCUCUUCAACAGGAUCCACCAGGUGGAGCUGAUCCAUUAUGUGCUGGGUCCCCAGCACCUGCGGGAUGUCACCACCGCAAACCUGGAGCGCUUCAUGCGCCGCUUCAAUGAGUUGCAGUACUGGGUGGCCACCGAGCUCUGUCUCUGCUCAGUUCCUGGGCCCCGGGCUCAGCUGCUCCGGAAGUUCAUCAAGCUGGCUGCCCACCUCAAGGAGCAGAAGAAUCUCAACUCUUUCUUUGCGGUCAUGUUUGGCCUCAGCAACUCUGCCAUCAGCCGCCUGGCCCACACCUGGGAGCGCCUACCCCAUAAAGUACGGAAGCUGUACUCUGCCUUGGAGAGGCUGCUGGACCCAUCGUGGAACCACCGAGUAUAUCGGUUGGCACUCACCAAGCUCUCCCCUCCCGUCAUCCCCUUCAUGCCCCUGCUACUCAAAGAUAUGACCUUCAUCCACGAGGGAAACCACACACUCGUAGAGAACCUCAUCAACUUUGAGAAGAUGCGAAUGAUGGCCAGAGCCAUGCGGAUGCUCCACCACUGCCGGAGCCACAGCACAGUGCCUCUGUCACCACUCAGAAGUCGAGUUUCCCACAUCCACGAGGACAGCCAGGCAUCAAGGAUUUCCACUUGCUCUGAGCAGUCCCUGAGCACCCGGAGUCCAGCCAGCACCUGGGCUUACGUCCAGCAGCUGAAGGUCAUCGACAACCAGCGGGAACUGUCCCGCCUCUCCCGGGAGCUGGAGCCAUGAGGAGGGACUGGACGGAGCGGGCACUUCUCUCAGAGAACGCCAGAGCCUGUGGGGCCCUGAGAGGCUCAGAGGCCAGCCACAGCUGGGCAGGGCUCUCCGUGGAGCGGACUGAAGGCCCUGGAGUGGGCAGUCUAGAGGCAGCUGGCCCCUGUGAGGACUGUCAGCUAAGGAGAUCUUUGAUGUGGAACUGAGCUGGCCACAAGGCCAAGGAAAAGGGGACAUGGAGGCCCUGGAGUGGGCAGGGGAGCUGGGAGGUGCAAGGACUCCAAGGUUCAAUAGAAAGCUCUCCCACCAGGCUUUUUACACCAUCUGUACAUGCAGCUGUGCCGCCAGGCCCCACGCUUGUUUUUCACAGGGGUCAGAGAGCUCACAUCUGUAGAUGUGUGUGCACUGGGUGGGGUCUUGCCUAGAAGAGGGUGGGGGAGUUUGGCUUUUCUCUCCAUACAUCUGAGGUGUAGGCAGGGCGGUGGCCUAGAGUGGUGGUCCCUGUGGAGCAGCCUUGUUCCCAUAAAUUAACAAAGAUAAUGUGUGUUCUGUGGCCUGGGCGUGUGACAGGGAAAGCCAGUGGAGGAGGAAUUUGUUCCCUGGGUACAGAAAGCAGCCCCACCACCUCGGGCUGGGCUCCAGGAAAGCCGACUGUUACCCAGAUGGGCUACGGUGCUGUCCCCGGCACUCUGGGGAUCAUCAGCUCUCUGCCAAAAAAGACUAUAAAAGUCCAGAUGCAGCUAGCAUCCUCUACCUCCUUCUUCCCAGCUCUGCUCCCUCAUCUGCCCUUGAUCCUGUUGGGUGCUGUGUGUGCUGAGCAGAGGCCUCACGGGGGCAAGGGAAGAGACACAGGCAGAAGACAUGAAGGCAUAACCGAUUUCCAGGAAAUACAAAUUUAUCCUUGGUGAUAUGUUGAGUGCCCCCCCCCCCACAGGUGCACAUUCUAUGAUGGUUAAGGAUCUCUUUCCCAUGCCUCUUCAGCACCUGCCUAGGCAAAGGUUCAUGCCUGGAAACUCCAUUGCAGGAUGCUGCCCUCUCUGCUCUCCUUGUUGGGAGCCUGGAAGUGGUAGGCCAAUCUGAAAGAAACCCCACAGCCUCCACCAUGACCCUGAGUAAACUCUAGGGCAGCCAGGACUCUCAGGCAUCUGGAGGAGGUGUGCUUACAGAAGAAGGGCCGGAGGCUGCUAGGGCAGUCCCAUGCUUAUCCUGUGGUGUAGCAGCCUGUUCAGACUUGACAUACUCCACCUCCCUCUGGCCUCCACACACUGCCAGACUCUUCAGCCGGAGGCCACAGAGGCUAUGUCAGCUGAUCCCAGGAGAGGUCCAAGCUGUUGGCAAGGAGACAGACAGCGCAGGGACAUUGCCCCCAAAGAAUGCACCAGUGUGCAUUCUUCGCCUUCAUUUGCCCAGCUGUAAGGUGGACGUGAUAGAAUCACCAGUGACAAACAAGGCAGCAGGCCUCACCUCCUCCAGAGUGACUGUCACAGUUCUGUGUCUGUGACCGGGAGGACAAGCCGCAUCUCCGGGAGUGGAAUCCAAGACAGCUCUCGGGUUAGAACCAACUGGUGGGAUGACCAAACCAGUUCCGUUGCCCGUGGGCAGGGAGGGAGACUCUGAGGGAAGCAUCCUGAACUGAGCAAUCGUGAUUCCGAGCCCAAGCCUCCGUGAGUCAGGAGUCCCUGAAGCGUUCCUGUCUCCUAAGACCAUUGUCAGAGUUUUCUAUGGAGGCCAUCAGUCAGUCUCAGCCCUUCGCCAUCUCCACAGACUGCAGGGCGAACCAACCCAGCCUCCUUCACCUGCUUUCACUUCUUCUCCCUGAUCACACUUACCUUCUGGGCUCCAACAUCCUGGGCUCCAUAUGGGUCUUCCAACUGAGGCAUCCAGCCAAUCUACCUCAGUCUGGACCUCUUUGACCCUGCUGGGAAAGGAUUCUGGCAGGAGAACAAUGCCCUGGACACACGGGACAACAGACUUGGGAGUGGAUGUAUGAGCCAGGUCACCGCCUAGGGCACAGGGGACUGAUGUUCGGGCAGAGGAUGGGAAACCGCUCCACUCUCUGGCUUCCCAGACUGUGUGUAUAUGUGGGUGGUGGAGGCACCUGAGGCCAAAAUAGGAGAGGAAGAUUACAGGCUGCUUAAGAGAGACUGAACAGGGAGGGGACCUGAGAUCUAGCCUUUAAAAAAAACUUGUUACCUAAAGAGGUAGAACAUAGGCGUGUGUGUGUGUGUGUCUGUCUGUGUGUCUGUGUGUCUGUGUGUGUGUGUGUCUGUGUGUGUGUCUGUGUUUCUUGUGAGGGAGAACAGCAUGAGUGGACAUUGCACAUGCCUGUGGCCCUCCCCCUCUCCCGCAUGGUUCCCUGUAAGGGCUACAGCCAUGGGCUAGGCCAGGCUUGGACUUCACCAGGGGAGGUUAUGCUUCUCCAGCCGUGCACAGUGCCUGGUGAGAGGGCAGAGGGGUUGGAGCCAGCCCUCCCCUGUCCUUCAAACCUUAUUGCCCAUCACAGGAGGAUUGGCACACACCUGUGAGCCAGCUCAGAAUUCAGCUGGGUGGGAACGGGCCUGCUUCCACAGGCUUGUUGGCUCUGUGUCCCCAACAGUCCUGAACUGAAGAGCACUCUGCUUCCCAGGUAGCAAAAAUUAGACAUUUUGAUGUCGCUGCUGCUGUCGGUAAGAUUUGUCAGGGUAAUAAUAGUCUGAGAUUUGAAUAGUG